AUGCCAGUACCCGUGGGAGCAGGUAUGGGUGGUCCAUCCACCUUUGACAAGUGGAAGAUGGGCGCUAUGAUGGGGAGCACUGUCGGUGUUAUUAUUGGGUUUAUAUUCGGCUCAGUCAAUAUCAUGAGGCACGGAGCAGGGCCAAACGGUGUGAUGCGAACACUCGGACAAUUUAUGCUUGGGUCUGGAGCAACCUUUGGGUUCUUCAUGUCAAUUGGAAGCAUUAUAAGAACAGACACGGUCUCACAACAAGCAGCAGAAGCUUUUGCUCGAUCCCGGCGACGCCCGAUAAUAAUGCCACGACAUGCAUACAGAUCAUCGAGGAACGAAUAA